AUGGCCUCCCUGGAUGUGGCGAAAGCAUUCGACUCCGUGGCCCAUAAUACCAUCAAGGAAACCCUUCAAAUGAUGGGGAUCCCUGACGCGAUGACAUACUACAUAAGUGAUGUUUAUGACCGGAGUACCACCAUACUUUCGUGUGGUGGCGUGACCUCCCAGGAAUUUCACCCCAGGUGUGGGGCGAAGCAGGGUGACCCAAUGUCGCCCUGUAUAUUUUACAUGAUUAUGGACCGCCUCCUUUGGAAGAUACUGAAGCAGGUAGGGACUGACCUGGGAGAGGGCGUGUCAGGGAACGGCGUAGCCUUUGCUGGCGAUCUGGUACUGGGGGCAUCUACACCAGUAGGGCUACAAACUACCAUCGACAUAGUGGGUGGAUAUCUAGCACUAUGUGGCCUCACUGUAAGCUCCGGAAAGAGCUUGACAGUAUCCCUGGAGAAUGUUCCCAGGGAGAAUAGAACGGUGGUGAACCCGCGGCAGGUAUUCACCUGUAACAGCAGACCAUUGCAAGCUCUGAAGUGGUCAGACCAGUGGCGCUACCUGGACCUGCGCUACCUUCACGCCAGAUAG